AUGAAUAAACAGUUGCUCCCUUUUGGAAUCUUGUUAUAUACAGGUUCCUUCUUGGGUAUAAAGCCCGAGGGAUCAUUGUUACCAAAUGCAGAGAGUUAUAAGCAGUUGAGUGAUUUUGAUCAUACUGAGAUGAUGGAGCCUAAAAGGUUGUGGAUAAUACUGACAAUACUGUUGUUCAUAGAAGGGUGGUGUGAGACAGAGGGGUGUUGGGAGUACGAGAGAAUUGCUCUGUUGCAACUCAAACCUUUCUUCAAUGAUCCUUACUAUUUGAGAAACUGGGUGGAUGUGCAGGGUUCGAAUUGUUGUAAAUGGGAUGGGGUUGAGUGCAGCAUCACCAGUAGACGAGUCAUAGGACUCUCUCUUAAUUAUACAAGACAAUGGAAACCGGGAGGUCUUUGGUAUCUCAAUGCCUCUUUAUUUCUCCCCUUUCAGGAAUUGAAGAGUCUGUAUUUGAAAGGGAAUCAAAUAGCUGAUUUUGUUCACAACGAAGUAACUUUAUCAUCUGCACUGGGCAAUUUGGAAAUCCUCGUCCUAUCUAGAAACUUCUUCGAUGACAGUAUCUUCUCAUCUUCAAAAUUGAACAGUUUGACCAAUUUGAAGAUCUUGGAUUUAAGCUCUAAUAGAAUCAGAAGCCUCCAUCAUUUUCAAGGUAAGAAAACACAACUAAUGAUAAAUUUGGAGGUACUUGAUUUGAGUUAUAAUCUCUUGAAGAAUACGACUUUAGCAUACCUUAGUGGGCUAUCAAGUCUAAAGUCCUUGAGUAUUGGAGGAAACCAAUUGCAAGGAUCAAUUGAUAUUAAAGUAUUGAAUAGUUUGGCAAAGUUGAAGAAGUUGGAUAUGAGCGACAACAAACUUCAGAGCCUCCGAUUUUCUCAUGAUGGUGAGAGACAACUUAAGUUGAUCAAUGUAGAAGAGCUUGAUUUCAGUUGGAACUCCUUCAAUAACAGCAUAUUGGCACUGCUUGGUGGGCUUCAAAAUCUAAAAUCUUUGAAUAUAAGAAGAAACCAGCUUAAUGGAUCAAUCAAUAUUAAAGUAUUGAAUAGUUUGGCAAAGUUGGAGAAGUUGGAUAUGAGCGACAACGAACUUGAGGGCCUCAUAUCUUCCCAUGAUGGUGAGAGGCAACUUAAGUUGAUCAAUUUAAAAGAGCUUGAUUUGAGUGGGAACUCUUUCAAUAACAGCAUAUUGGCAAUGUUUGAAAAAAAAAGUUUGGGAAAGCUAAAAGUUGCCCGUCUAGACGGGGUCUUCGUCAAUGGAACUGUUUCACUAUUACAAAUUGUGGAGACAUUCUCAUCAGUUAAGACCUUCUUUUUGAGAGGCAAUAACUUGAAUGGGACAAUUUCUACACAAGAGUUGCAUGUGUCGAGCAAAGUUGAGGAAUUAUUGCUGGAUAAUUCAUAUCUCAACAAUAACAUUCUUCAAAACAUUGGUGUAUUACCUUCUCUUAAAGCCUUGUCUUUGUCGGGCUGUGGGCUGACUGGAACCUUACCGACUAAAGGUUGGUGUGAUUUACGGAAUCUUGAGGCAUUGGAUCUUAGUGAAAAUGCACUCGAAGGAACACUUCCGUCAUGUUUGGGUAACUUAUCAUCUCUCCAUUUUCUGGAUAUUUCCGACAAUCGAUUCACAGGAAAUGCUGCCUCCACUUCUUUGGGCAAUCUUACAUUGCUUGGAUACGUUGCUCUUUCAAAAAAUCUGUUUCAAGUUCCCAUUUUUUUCACAUCAUUUGCUAACCACUCACACCUCAAGGUCCUCUUAAGCGAUCAAAACAAGUUAGUAAGAGAGCCUACUUCUCAAAUUUGGAUUCCAAAGUUCCAACUAAAAGUCUUCCGUAUGUCAAAUUGUACAACAAAGGAACCCCACAAUGAACUUCCCAAAUUCCUCCAUUACCAAUAUGACUUGAGUAUUGUUGAUCUUUCAUAUAACAAUUUUGGAGGAAAGAUUCCUUCUUGGUUGUUAGUGAACAAUACAAGAUUAGAAGCAUAUUUAAUGGCAGGAAAUUCUUUUACGGGCCCUCUCCAGUUGCCUUUGCACCCUAAUCCAACCAUGUCCAUUAUUGAUAUAUCUGACAACAAAAUACAGGGUCAAAUUCCAAUGAACAUUUGUUCAACUUUUCCAUAUUUAAGCGGGUUAAACUUAUCUGGCAAUACCCUUGAAGGUGGUAUUCCUCCUUGUCUGGGUGGUUUGAACACUUGUUUACUUUUAGAUCUGUCAUAUAAUCAUUUGUCCGGAGGAAUACCAGAAGAGUUAGGUAAGAGUGACUCGUUAUGGUUUCUUAGACUAUCGAAUAAUAAUUUAAGUGGGAAGAUAGCCCCCACGAUAUUUAGCUUACCUUCAUUAUAUCUUUUCCAUUUAGAUGGCAAUAACUUUGUUGGAGAGAUACCUAACAUUGAUAUCUCAACCAGUAUGGGUCCCCUUUCUGAUAUGGAUUUGAGUAACAAUAAUUUGUCUGGCAAGCUCCCAAGAUGGCUGCGGAAUAUGUCAGAUUUGAUGGCACUGGCUUUAUCCAACAAUCAGCUUGAGGGUCCCAUUCCGAUGGAAUUGUGCUAUUGGGAUCACCUUGAGAUUUUGGACCUUUCACAAAAUAAUUUUUCUGGCCCAAUACCAUCUUGCUUGGAUGCACGAUCCAUCAGACAUCUCCAUUUGAGCAAAAAUAGAUUAACUGGUAACUUGGCAGGUGCAUUCUUUAACAGCUAUUCACUGGUGACUUUAGACCUUAGUGAAAACUAUUUGACCGGUGAAAUUCCAUCUUGGCUUGGUAAUCUUUCCGCUUUAAGUGUCCUUCUUCUGAAAGCCAAUUAUUUUACUGGGGGAAUUCCCGUUCAGCUAUGUGAAUCAUACUCAUUAAGCAUCAUAGAUCUUUCUCAAAACAAGCUUUCUGGUCCUAUACCUUCUUGUUUAGGUAAUUUAACUCUUGAGCCAAACGCUGGGAAGUCUUUCACAAAACCGUAUUUCAGAGGUUCUGAACUGAUACUCGAGGGAGCUGAUUACUAUGGAAUGACAAUAUUUGAAAGGGAUACUUCAAAAGGAAUCGAAGCAAUAGUUGUACCUUUGGCCGCUGAGAACUAUAUGGAAGUACGAGUGGAUUAUACAACAAAGGGAGGGUUUUACACAUACAAAGGUAAGAUUCUUGAAUACAUGUCUGGAAUUGAUUUAUCAUGCAACAGACUAACAGGUGAAAUCCCUCUUGGGAUUGGAAAUUUGAGUGAAAUCCAUUCAUUGAACCUGUCGCAUAACAAUUUGACUGGAGUUGUACCUUCAACAUUCUCAAAGCUUAAGCAAAUUGAGAGUUUGGAUCUUUCUUACAACAACUUAAUCGGAAGAAUCCCUGUUCAAUUGGUGGAGUUAAAUGCUCUGGAGGUCUUCAACGUGUCAUACAACAAUUUGUCAGGGAGCAUUCCAGAUCAAAAAGCUCAGUUUGGGACCUUCGAUGAAAGCAGUUACCUAGGGAAUCGUUGUCUUUGUGGACCUCCAUUGCAUAAAAAUUGCACCGAAACAGAUACACCCUCAACAGUGCCAUAUGCCUCAAACGGGGAAGAAGAAGGCGGUUUGGUGGAUAAGUAUGUCUUCUAUGUGAGCUUUUGGGUUUCUUACGCAAUUGUUCUAAUGGCAAUUGCUGCCAUCCUAUACAUAAAUCCAUAUUGGCGACGAGCUUGGUUUUAUUUCAUUGGGCAAUGCAUUAACAGGUGGCCUUGUGCUUAG